AGGUGUGGUGUCCUUGAAAGAAGCUCGAUGGCUACUGUGAGUGAAGAUCUCGGAUUCUACAUAAAGCAACAUGUACCGUGGGCUAGACUGCCUCCUCCAUUAAAAGAGUCUUUGAGUAACAAUCACAUUGCUUAUGAGAGGUCAAUUGUUGACUUUAGUAUAACAAACCAGUUGAUAUGGAGAAGCAGUAUGGUUCGACAGAUAAUAAAAAAUGAAAAGAAAUAUUAUGAAGACGUUUUGCAACACUGUCGCUCUCAAUUAUUGUUAUAUCCUUAUCACUUGCAAGACCAGUUUGUCCAAGGUCUCAAAGUGACACCUUUUGAAUAUUAUAAGAGUAUUCUUGAGAUGAUUAUGAUUGAUCAACGGAGUUAUGAUUCAUUACCUAAUUUCACAGCCAGAGAUUGUUUUAGGUUAAUUGGUAUUGGCAGAAAUGAAUAUAUUGAUAUCAUGAACAAGUACAGAUCAAAAAGGUUUUGGAAGAAGAGGUCGCCUAAUGAGUAUCUUCCAGUAUCACCAAAAGAAGACAUCUCCAUUGAUUCAUACUGGCUGAUAAAUGUAGGAUAUGUUACUGAAGAAGAGAUUGAAAAAUGCAGUGUUGAAGAACACAGGUUGAUUGAUAACAUCAUAGCCAGCAAGAAAGGACUGACUGCUGGAACAUGCGAUAAAGAAAUGAUUCACCGUUUAUAUAACAGACAGCUGAUAUACUGUGUGAUACCAAUAGAUGAUGAUGAUUACAUUGUAGUCCCUCCUUUAAAAGGAUUUGUAAUGAACAGGGUCUCUGGGGAUUAUUUCGAAACGUUGCUAUAUAAAGUGUUUGUUACUAUUAAUGAACACACUACUGUCAGUGAACUCGCCAAUGUACUUCAGAUUGAUCUACAACAAGUUAAAAAUGCAGUAUCAGUAUUCAUUAGAUUGGGAUUUGCUUAUAAGAAAAAACAAGAUAAUUUUGAUUAUGAUAAGUCAUGGACUGAAGUAGGCGGGGCUGAUGUGGGCGUGACCAAAAGUGUUCCUGUUGCCAAUAUUAUUACUAUCAAUGAUGAACCAACAAAAAUGGAAUUAAAUUAUAAAAGUUUUGACUUAUUGAUGGAAGAUCUGUUAUUGGAUACUAAAGAGACUGAAUCACCUAUUAGUGUGAUUGGACGAUUUGGACCAGGUCUUGAUUCUGUUCCUUUUCAAAAAAGGAUUGGUUUCUUGUUUGAUUCAACUUUAACUGCUUUUCUAAUGAUGGGAAACUUAUCACCUGGAUUGAAAAGUCAUGCUGUUACCAUGUUUGAAGUUGGUAAACUGACCAAUGAAAGUUUAGACGAUUUUUUGAGUGAAUUGAAUAAAGUUGGUACUGAUCCUGACGGGGGCGGGGCUGGAGAGGGUGAGGCACAGAGAUACUUCCAACAUGCAGUCACUUUAAGAAAUACAGUUCACUUUAUCAGGCACAAUAAGGAACUAAUGAAAGAUGCUCUUGGUAUUGAUCUGUUGCAUUGUGAGAGUAUGACAAAACUUGAUACUGGAACACUCAAUAGAUUAUUGGAAAAAAAUUACUAUGCAUUGGUGUCAAUGGCUCCACUCAGUCAAGAAGUCCAUUCAAUCAGUUGUUGUGUCCCAUCUCACAUUGGUCCUGCUAUACCUGAAAUGAAUUCCAUUUGGUUUAAAUUAUGGUUAUAUGAUAAACUAAAAUGUGGACCGCCAUCUCUCCUAUUGACAAGAGGAACAAGACUGAGGACACUGCCUAAACCAUUUAAGAAUUAUCGUAAAUUGUUAUUAACCUCAUGGGGUCAUGACAAUGCUGUUGUUAAUACAUCAAAUGUUCUUCUGACCAUCAAUGAAGCACUCACUCACUCACCUAUUUUAUUGCAAGUGUAUACUUGGAGAAAUGCAAGUGAAGUGAAGUAUAUUCCGUUUCCUUUCAAUAGACAAGAUUCAGUUAGUACAGACGAUCUGAUUCAUCACAAGUCACUGAUACUACUUGAACAAUGUGUUGACUUGAAGCACGGUUGUGGAUAUGUGACAUUAUUAAAUACUGGAGCACCUGUCAAUAAUAGUCAUAGUAGGAAUUACAAUAAAGUUAUGAAAGAGGCCGAAAGAAAGAUUGAGAUAACAGAGUUCUUAGAAGACUUGAAAGAAAUAGGCAUUGGUACUGAAGCAGCUUCAAAUGUCAGUCCACCAGUCAUGGAUCCAGUAACAGUAACAGAGUCUGAUCAAAUGAUACAGCAAGACUCUGAUAAUGAUAGGCAGUGGGUUCCAUUGGAGCUCUGUUUUGGAAUACCGUUGUUUGAUCCUGUCACUAAUGAAUCUGUUUGUAAUAAAAUUGUUUCUAACAGACUUUUUGCUGAAGAUAGUUUGAAACAGUUAACCCAAUCAAACAGAAUAUUGGCACUCGAUUUGAUGGAUUUUAUUACAAAACAUCAAGACAGUAAUUGUUAUGGACACUCAGCUACUAACAAUUUGUCAUCGUCUCUUUCUAUUCCUUUGCCAACGAAAAACUUACUUUUCAAUGACAAUGUAUUAACUACUUUUAAUAAUUAAAUUUAGCUAUAACUACUAAGUACUUUUGCUGCUUAUAAUAAUAAUUUUAAUUAAUUUUUUAAAACUUUAA